GGCCUGGGCUCCAUCACAAAACUUUAACCUUCAAGGCUUCAACCCAACCCACCAUUUCCCCUAUAACGCACCCCGAUCAAUCGGCUCUUGUUUCGCUCUUCCUCACUCAUCUUCUUCAACUUCAGCUUGUCUUCCCGUCGAAAGCCAUUCCGAUUGCUGCUUUUGCUAGAGGUACGAGGAGGAGGAUACUAAGCUUUCAAGACAAAGAAAAAUUCAAAACAACAAAGCCAUAGUAGACUCUGAACCGAAUCUGCCUUCCAAUGGCGCAUCCAACGACAAAGACGGUGCGUUUCGACUGUAAGAUUCUGAGAUUGAUUAAUCUAUAAUUUUCCAUGCUGAUGCCGGUAAUGAGUCGUUUUCUCUGAUGCAAACACCAAAGACAACAAGCAGAGCAGGCAAAUUAUGCAAGUACAGUAAGAACCUAUGAUUUAUUAAGAUCCUUUUAGUGUACGAGAUAAUGGCGGAGUGUGGUAUAUUUGAUAAGAGAUAUAGUUAUAUACAUGACCGUAAAUGGGGUUCUGAAACGGCUGACGUUCACCACAUCAUUGUUCGGAAGAGCCGCGCAAAGGGUUUCCUUGUAUACUUUUCGCCCAUUCUUCUUUUAGCAAGUGCAUUCCACCUUUUCCUCUUCAAGGAUAAUAUCACAAUUACUUUCUGGAACUUUCUUUUGAUUUCAUUCCUUGUCAAACUCUUACUUCAGAAGCCUGUAGAGAAAGAGUCUGUUAUAGUUAUGCCAGCUUUUGGAGUUCAACUUGAAACUCACCAUGGAAGUAAAAUCAUCCAUCGCUUUGUACCCAUUGACAAGAUAUUAAAACCGGUGCUAUCAGAAUGUGUGACCCCUGUUACUUGUUACUGGAGCCUGUCUUUCAUUAUACGAGGAGAAGCAGAACUGAUGUUAGUUUUUAAGGAAGUAUGUCCGCCUGUGAAAAUGCUAGUCCCCAUCUGGAAGGCCUUAUGUGCCGCCACUGGUAGUGAAGGAAUCCUUGGCACGCCUACUGCUGAUGCCCCAUAGUGUUGAGCGAUUUUUAUCGAGAACAGUGGACUUGAACUAAGAGGCACCGCACCGUGGACAGAGGAAUUAUAUAUCCACAUUGUGGUUGAGUGAUUGCAUGCUUUUGAAGAUCAAUUAAUGCGUUAGUACCAUACACAUAUUGAAGGGAAGAAGGUUCACAGGAUGAAUCAAUUCUUGUGAAGAUCAAAUUUAUACCCAUUUUCAAAAUUUUGACGCA